CCCCGGAAGCUUCGAGAACCCUCCCGGUUUAGCCGAUGCGGAGCUAAGAGUCGUCCCCGAUUUAGACAAGCGCCUGCCUAUAACGAUCCUCGCCUGCCUCUUCCAGGGUCUUCGCUUCCCCAAACUCGUCGGAGAGCCGCCUCGGUCGACCUUGCGAUCCGAUCUCGUUCUUCUCCUUCUUCUCUUUCCGUCGAUCGGUUCUUGUCUUCUCGCCGGGCCUUCGAUUCCUCGAAUCCGGUAGGGUAGCGGCGAUUUACGUAUGGAGGGCGGCGGGGUGGCCGAGAAGCAGGCGUCCUACACCUACUGGGUGAGGGAGACGCGGGAGGACGCUGCCCCCCUUCCGGUGCCCCGCAAGCUCUCCGCCGACGACAUCUCCAAGCAGCCUCAGCCCAACACCCUGGGAUCCGUCUGGAAUCAGGCUGGAACCUGGGAGGAGAGAAACCUUAAUUCGUGGGCAAGUAACAGAAUAAAGGAGUUGCUCAAGUCGAUGGACUCAUUGGAAUUCUCUAAUGGUAAAGCAUAUAUCAAUGAUGUGUCCAAAUGUUCAGGCGAUGCUUUUCUUGUGACAGUGCGAAAUAAGAAGAGAGUUGGUUAUACCUACGAAUUAACUUUGAAGUUCAAAGGUGAAUGGUUGAUUCAAAAUGAGAACAAGAAGAUCAAGGGUCACUUAGAUAUCCCUGAGUUCUCAUUUGGUGAACUUGAGGAUCUGCAGGUAGAGGUGAGUCUCAGUGAGGAAAAGGAUUUGGCAGCCAAAGAUAAAAUGCAGAUAUGCAAGGAUCUGAGGACAUUUUUGAUACCUAUCCGUGAGAAACUAAUGGACUUCGAACAAGAGCUGAAGGAUCGGUAGAAGUAGAGCCCUUGUUUUGGUGCAAUUUGGUUCAUCUGGGAUUGUUGUGGCUCAAGCCUCCUCUUGUUUGUACAAGAUUAUGUUAUCAAUUGAAUCUAAUCACCCACGACUUUAUAACUAUUGAAUCUAAUUGCCCAUGACUUUUAUGACAAUUGAAUCUAAAUGCCGUUACAUGC